AUGACCUCGUCAGGGUCAGCCCACCUGCGCGUCUCUGCGUUCCUGCGCCGCAUGAUCUGGCAACUACGCCAGGGUCAAUGCACUAGAGCUUCUACCUCUUUCGUGAUACUAUUUGGAAUGACACUUGUGAGUCUAGGCCUGUGGCUAACCUCUAUGUCGCAUUACCAGACAUCGUACUCUUUAGCGAAAGCCGUUCACGAACGGUUGACCUUGCAAGCAGGCAAUGAUUCCAACACUUUGCGCUGGGGCACCGGCGAUGAUGUCGUGAUUUUAGAAGGUCAACAGGUGCAACGGCCAUUGCCUCUUGUGUAUCCCAAUGGGGUAAAAAACAAGUUCCAGUGCGAUUUGCCGACACUUCGGUACCUGUGCGAUAUGGAUGGAGCAGAGGGGUGCAAAGGUUACCCACAGUUAUUCCCGUCUGCUGCUCUGUUUGACAAUUGGAAUCAGGACCACGCAGCACGCAUGCCUCGGGCCCUGUAUGAUAGUAUCUGCCACUUCAAUGUCUCUGUUCCGCAUGAGUUCCGUUUGGCUCAAAUGUAUCGAGAGAUGGAGGUGCCAUUUGUAGCGUACGGUGUGCCGGAGCUCACGAAAGCCGCAAGCCGGUGGACGGACGAGUAUCUGACGGACAAGCUGAGCCCAAACGAAUUGUAUAAGGUCCACGUUGCAAACGACCGCCAUUUCAUGUACUAUAGCAAGAGCAAGCAGCUUGCUGGUGAGACCGACACAUAUGAAUCGCGCUGGAUGACGUACCCGGAGUUUACGAAGGCAGUGGACGACGUCAUGUCGCUCGAAACAAAUGGAAAGCCUCAUGAGUACUUUUAUUUCAUGCUGAAAGCAGGUGACUUCUCGAAGCAGGCGGCGUUUAUUUACGACGAACUUCCGUUCAUGAACCCGCUAACGGCUGAGCGUGAUUUGAGAUUCGGUGACCUAUUUAUUCGCGACCCAGCUGUAGCUAAGGAGCAUGGCAUGCGUUGCCGCUUUGGUAUGCAGGGUAUUGUUACCGAUGGCCACGUCGACGACGGCCUCAAUCACAUCGCCAUGGUCCGCGGAACCAAGCGUUAUGUGAUUGCCCCGCCCAGCGUUUGUCGAUGCCAAGGACUCAUCACUACAGGGCAAUCUGAACGCCACACGUCGUACGAUUGGUCGAACACUAGUGCUCUGCCUGAGGAUGUGCGCAAUUGCCCCGCGACGGAAGUGGCGCUGACAGCUGGUGAAGUCUUAUAUCUUCCGUCAUUCUGGUACCACCACAUCGUGUCACUGGACACUAGCAUCCAGUGUAACCUGCGCUCUGGAUACACAGACCGUGACCAGACGGAGCGCUUCUUGAGGGAAUGCGGCUUAUCGCCAGAGGAAUGA